AUGUCGCGAAAGCAGGUCGACCAUGACUAUAACCUGCGUAGUAUGAGCAACCUGAUGGGGGAACGGUGGAAGAAAGUGAACGAUGGAGGAGAGAGGAGUCUCAUCAGAGCUCCGUCCAGCGCCAGCAUCAGCAGCCAGGGCGCAUCCGCCGGGGCUUCCGGCGCCCCGGCAGCCGCCUCCUCCUCCACCACCACCAGCACCACCGGGGAUCUGGAGAGGGCUGCCCGCAAGCAGUUCCAGCAGGAUGUCACGCCCGGGUUCGUCUACGUGCUGGCAGCCUUCUCCGCCCUGGGGGGCUUCUUGUUCGGCUACGACACCGGGGUGAUCUCUGGGGCGAUGCUCCUGUUGAAGAAGGAGCUGGAGCUGAGCGCACUGUGGCAGGAGGUGCUCAUAUCAAGUACUGUGGCCGCGGCCGCCCUCUCUGCCCUGCUGGGCGGCUUCCUCAACGGGCUGUUCGGGCGCAGAGUGUGCAUACUGUUGGCCAGCUUCAUCUUCGCCGUCGGGGGGAUCGUACUGAGCACCGCCCCCGGCAAAGAGGUGCUCCUGGCGGGGAGAAUCAUCGUUGGAGUGGGGCUUGGUAUUGCUUCUAUGACAGUGCCAGUGUACAUCGCUGAGGCUUCUCCGCCACACCUCAGGGGUCAGCUGGUGACAGUCAACACCCUCUUCAUCACCGGUGGACAGUUCACAGCCAGCAUCAUCGAUGGCGCCUUCAGCUACCUGCAGCGUGAUGGAUGGAGGUACAUGUUGGGUCUGUCGGUGAUUCCCGCCAUGCUCCAGUUUGUUGGAUUCCUGUUCCUGCCGGAGAGCCCUCGCUGGUUAAUCCAGUGUGGGCUGACCCAGAAGGCCCGCCGCGUGCUCAGUCAGAUCCGAGGCAACCAGAACAUCGAUGAGGAGUACGACAGCAUUAAGAACAGUAUUGAGGAGGAAGAGAAGGAAAUCGGUAGCAAUGGCCCGGUGAUUUGGCGGGUGCUGACCUACCCCCCUACAAGACGAGCCCUCCUGGUGGGCUGCGGUCUUCAGAUGUUCCAGCAGCUUUCAGGAAUCAACACCGUCAUGUACUACAGCGCCACCAUCUUGCAGAUGUCUGGAAUACGAGAUGACAGGCUGGCGAUUUGGCUGGCUGGACUUACCACCCUCACCAACUUCCUGUUUACCCUGCUGGGAGUGUGGUUGGUGGAGAGAGUGGGGCGCCGGAAGCUCACCUUGGGCAGUAUCGUAGGUACAUGUCUGAGCUUGAGUCUUUUGGCUGUCGGUUUUCUGCUGUCAGCCCAGCACAGUCCUCCUGUCACCUUCCACCCAUUAGACCCCUCCAUGGCCAACUCUACUUGCUCCAAGUACCAGCUGUGUGAGCCGUGCAUGCUGGACCCAGGAUGUGGUUUCUGUUACCGUGAGAAUGGCUCGGCACUCCUCGCCUCCUCCUGUGUGGCAGUCAAUAAGGCCUCCACUGAGCAGGCAGCGUGGGGCAGAUGCUCAAACUCCAGCCAGAUGAAAGACCAGACCUACUGGGCCUACAACUACUGUCCCACAUCCUAUUCUUGGCUGGUUUUACUGGGUCUAAUGCUCUACCUUGCUGCUUUCGCUCCAGGGAUGGGUCCUAUGCCAUGGACCAUCAACUCUGAGAUCUACCCUUUGUGGGCGAGGAGCACAGGGAAUGCUUGCGCAGCUGGAGUCAAUUGGACCUUCAAUAUCCUGGUGUCACUAACCUUCCUCCACCUUGCUCAGUAUUUCACCUACUAUGGGGCUUUUUUCCUCUACUCCAGCAUGGCCUUGCUUGGUUUCUUCUUCAUCUACGGCUGCCUGCCAGAGACCAAAGGUCGACGUCUGGAGGAGAUCGAGGCGCUGUUUGAGAACCAGCUUUGUUCCUGCGGUGCCUCCGAUUCAGACGAGGGUCGGCAGGUUGAGUACAUCCGGGUCAAGGGGUCAAACUACCAUCUAUCGGACAACGAUGCAUCUGAUGUAGACUAG